AUGGGAUUUUAUCUGUUCGAUCCCCAGACUGUUCUGAAAAAGCUUCCAAAGGAAAAUGAAGAAGAAUCAACACGGAUCCUUUUCAGCAGUUUCCUUGAAUUUCUGCAAGAGACAAGAGGUUUUAAUGAAGACAGAAUUCGACACAAGAGAGGAAAGAAAUUCGUCAUUAAAGCAGGGGCUCAACUAGGAAACAACAAUGAGAGCAUCCGAGUAGAGGACAGUGUGCCAGACGAAGAUAUUAGUGAGGCUCUACUUCCAACAUUUGACAUGGUCAAAGGAAAAAAUCAGCUAGCUAUCACUGAAGCUGGAUGUUCUGGACAAAACCAGAAGACCCUCGAAGACCCUGGGUUAACAAGAAAACCAUCAAGUAAAAGAAUAAAACGCAAGCCCAGACGCUUCGACAGCUUUUGA